UCAGGCACUGUUAGGGGAGUGCUGUGCUGCUCCAGGGACAAAGGGAGAGCACAUGGCCCAGGCAACAUUAAAAAUCAGCUCUCUCUAAUGCAGGUCGAAAAGAUGGGGAAUGCUGAAAGCAAUGCCUAUCAGAAUCACCUUUCCAGAUUUCUUCCUGAGGAGCAGUCUGACAUUGAUGGACUAUUUGAUACCUUAUCAGGAUCGAGUGGCUCAGCUGGAGCAAAAAAUGCCAAAGCUGCAAAGAAAACUGUGACUCUGGCAGCACUACAGGCGCACACGCGGGAGCCCCUGCCAGAGCCCAUGGCUGCUCGGUUGUUCAAUGGAAUGAAGAGCAUCGACCUGCCUGGCAAAUCAUCCGGGCCCAGUGAGCACAUCGCUAAGGAGCAGUUUGUCAUUUUUAUGUCGAACCUCUUAAAAGGGAACGCAGAUGAGAAGAUUAGCAUAAUAAUGAGGAUGAUCGCCAAGGCGGGAGGGCCUCUGAAGGGCAAACAAAUCCAAGAGUUCACAGAGGAUCUGAUCACAUCUGUAGUCCAUGUGCUGAGCUACAGGAAGGAGCUGAAAGGUUGGAGUUUGGAGAAUACAAGGGAUUCUUCAAGUGGAGUCAAAGCUUUGGCUUCUGAGCUGCUCUCGGAAUUGAAGCUUCCAGAUGGGACAAAACCUGUGGGUUCCCAGCUGCUGGAAACAACAUUUGACCAAGGAGUCAUUGAGGACUGGGUGUACCGAGUUCCCCAGGUCUCAGUGUUCCUCAGCGUUGUCAUCAGGCAGGGCCUGCACGUCCUGCACUCCCUCCCAGACCAAACCAACGACAUCCUCAACCUGGUUCCCCACUGCAAGGGCAUCAAAGGAAGGGGAGUUGUCAGUCUCUUUGACAUCCCAGCCAUCAUCUACAUCAACUCCCACCUGCCUGCAGAGAUGCAGCACAAGUGGCAGCUUUUGUUUUCCUCCAGGCUCCACGGGGAAAGCUUCUCACAGCUCUGUGCCCACAUAGUGAACAAAGGGCCUUGCCUGGUGAUCAUAAGGGACUCGGAUGGUUUCCUCUUUGGUGGCUUUGCAUCUCACUCCUGGGAGGUGAAGCCACAGUUUCAAGGUGACAACAGAUGCUUUCUGUUUUCUGUUUUCCCCACUCUGGCUGUAUACACAUACACAGGCUACAAUGACCACUACAUGUAUUUAAACCAUGGCCAACAGACUAUGCCAAAUGGACUUGGGAUGGGUGGGCAGCAUGGCUACUUCGGGCUGUGGAUAGACAGUGACUACGGGAAGGGCCACAGCAAAGCCAAACCUCGCUGCACCACCUACAACAGCCCCCAGCUGUCAGCCAGAGAGGAUUUUACCCUGGAUGCCAUGGAGGUUUGGGCAGUGGGAGACCUCCCUGAGAGUGCAGGGAGAAAAGGUAAGAAGAGUAUCCUGGAUGUGGAUCCUCAGGCUCAGGCCUUGUUGGAAAUGGCUGGAAAAAGCCGCCAGAGCGAGGGUCUGCGGGAGCCCAUGGAAGAGGAUGAAGAUGAUGAUGAUGAGAGCUAAAGGAGCCACAGGAACAAGAAAACCUUUACUUUUAUUUCCUUCAAGUGGUGAUGAAUUUCUUGGACAAGAUAUUUUUUUCCUUUUUUUUUUUUCUCCCUUGAUUUUACCUAAUUGUCUGGGACAAAGCUUAAGCCUUGUACUUGUGUAAUAAUUAGAUCUAAAAUAUGUAGGUAAUAUUGAGGCACUAUGCUCCCUGAAGGGUUUUGUUUGGGGAGAACAGAAAAAUUAACAGGGCACAUAAUCAUUAGGCAUGGCUGAGCUCUAGCUGAGUAUGAAUCUGCUCUCAUUCCCCACAGAUCAUGUCUGCACACUGAACUAAAAGCAGCAGAAAUUAUUGACAGUAUGGCUGUCUGUCCUGGAGAAUUGAUAUGUAUAUAGUUAUAUAUUUAUAAAACCCGUUCAAGGCACUGAUUAAAGCUUUUAUACCUCAGCUGCACAUAUUUAUUUGCGUGCAAUGAAAUUAGUCAGCAAAGCUUACAGAGUGUGAUGGUGUCUUACACUGGUGAACAUGGAACAGUCCAGGUGAUGCCAUAUGAAGGGUGCUGUUCAUUUGCAUUGCUUCAGUUAAAGCAUUAAAUCUCAAACUUUUUAAAUCAGAUUUUCAGCAGGUGAUUUCAUGUGAGCUGUAGGAUGUCCAGAACAGUUACUCAACAACAAAUUUUACAGUACUACACCAUCCCUAGUGCAUUCUUUAGCAGCCUCGUGAGACUGGAAUAAAAGAUCAGGCUGUAAAAAAGGUUGAGUAAGAAGCAGCCACAUUUAAUUUGGAAUAGGAUCUGCAGAUACCUGUACCAGUGAAAGAAAGAAAAAUCGGAGUUAUGUCUGUAAAAUGUUUGAAGAGGAUUGCUGUACACUUUAUUUGCACAUAGUGAAUCAUUAUUAUGGAAAAGAAUCCCCACAAUGUGAAAUGCAGUUGUUGGGAUUUGUGCUCUGUUUUGUGGCUGUUCACCAGUCAGCACCAGUUUUGGCAGGUCUCUUAUACUCAGGACUUUUUCUACUUGAAUUAGUUCCCAUCUCUCAGUAAUUAUUAGUUUGAACUUGCUAAUUCUAUGUGUAAUUAACUUGUCAAAAAUAACCCUGAUUUCUACCAGGGGCUGUAAUUUCUAACUCAGCAGCAAGUGUUUGAUUACCAGUGUCUCUGAUUUUCAGUCUUUCUCCUCCUGAGGAAAUGUGUCUAAUCCCCUUUGUCCUGCCAUGAGUUUGUCUUCUUUGCAGCUUAGAGAAAAACAAGAGAAUUCUAUAAUUUCUGCUCAUGUGGCCUUCCUGAAAAUUCUUUCCUUUGGUGUUUUCUUGUAUGAGAUUUCCCCCCUCACCUGUUGUUUUUCAUAGGGAGCCAGAUUUGAAUAUUCUGAACAAUCCGCACUUGUGCCUUAAUGUAGGUCUCAUUUUUAAAAAUUAUAUUAAGCAACAUGAAUUUAGCCUUGAAAGGAGAGCAUAAAGAAAUCACUCCAGCCAGGCAUCCUAGGACUCACCUGUGUGUUUUGUAGAGUACCUGAAUUAAUGUUUGGGACAUUUAUAUGCUGUUUGUUCCAGUACAGAGAGUGCUGUGAAAGGCCUGGGAGAAUGUCCUUUUAUGCUGUAUUUGCUUAGAGAAACCACAUACUCUCCCAAGUUUGUAACACACAGGAAAAAAAUAAGCAUCAGAACAAUUGCACUGAUACUUUUGUAUAGUUUUCUUCUCUAUUAAUAAUAUUAAAUUUUACAAUGUAAGCACUAGUAAGUACCUGGUGCUGUCUGUAAGUGUGGUGAUAGCAGCUUUUGUUUGAACGUUCUCAAACUCCCACCAUGAGUCUCAGAGGUUUUUUUCACUUAGCAGUGACUAAGCCUAUUAAACACUCCCAUGUGGAUGGCAUACAGGAUGAGACGGUUGAACUUGUGCAGUUAAACAUAAAAUAAACAGCUAGACUUUAUUUUCCUUCCAUUACAAGGCAGAAGCUUGUUUUUGAGAACUGAAACCAUCUGCAAGGGUAUAAAAAAUAAAAUAGAAAUGUACAAAGCCACUCUCCACCAAAAAUAUUUCAAUGGCCAGGUUUUCUUUGAUUUUUAUGAGUAUCAGUAUAGCUGUUUCUUUCUAGACUAUGAAUCCAAAAUAUAAUCCUGUUUAUACUUCAUUUUGUGGCUAUCAGCAUAGCAUUGUGACCUCUGAAAUUGUAGUUUUUUGACAAGUUUGUGUCUGAGACUCUUCACUUCAAAGGUGUUAAGCUGGAGCAAGAAGAAAACUGACACUGGCACUUUAGCAAAUGUCUCAGUGAAGCAUUAUUUACUGAUCCAACCAGCAGAUGGGAUUGUUCCAAAUUGUUCUUUAAAUGUAAAAGAUGGACUUGGGAGUGACUCCGUUUUUCUUUUAACCUGAACCUGUGGAUUAAGAAAUCUGGGCUUCAUGCUCAUGCACCUAAAAAUCUCCAGAAAGCUUCUGUCAGCAGUGGGCCUGGCUGUGAUCUGAACAGCUCAGUCCCUUUUGUGCAGUUUUGACCCAACUGCACAGCUCCACAUCCCUGCUCUGUUCCUGACUCAUCUUUACUCUCAGGCUCUUGUGGAAGCGAGUCCCUUUCCCAUUAAAUCCACCCACUGCUGAGCCUUGGGUCUGAUCAGCUUUCCCUUUUUCUCCUGUCAGUCACACAGGUACAAAAACUGACACUUGAGCUCCCUGCUCUGUUUGACAGCUCCCCACACUUCCCUUGAAAGUCUUUCUGAGUCAAGCCUGGGUAUCUGGGAAUCCACAAACACUACAAAUUGAAGGAAAAGAAAUGAUUCAAGGCAGGUCUUUUUCCACUCUUCUAAUUAAAUAUUAAAGGAUGCGUCUGAAUCACGAGUCUCACUCAGAUACUUGUCAGUAGAUUUUAUUAAUAAAAACCAUUCUGAUUUAAAUAAAUAAAAUUUCAGUUUAUGCACAAUA